GAUAUAUCUCGUACUGCUCUUUUAUUAAGCAUUCUUUAACUGCCCCACAUUCCUCAUAACUAGUCGACAUGAAAUGUCUUGAUGUAGCAAUAGCAAUUUGAGAUCAUGUCCGUCUGAGCUGUGUAAUUGUCGAACCGGUUGCAUGCCCAUGUCGUGUUUAAAACACAUACAGGGGCCCAACGAGUUGAAAUGAAGCUUGGAAUCUUCGUAAGGACCAAAAGAUCUUCAUCAAUGGGAUGUGCGAGAGCAAUGUUGGUCAGGUUCUUAACAGGAGUUCAGAACCUGGGGUUUGGUUCGUGUUGAGGAGAUUGAUCACUGGAUCUUACCACUUUGCGAUUCGAUCUUUCCAGCAGGAAUAUUGUUUGCGUCUUCAUGAUUGUCUGGCGAAGGCACUUACUGUUACUGGUUGCACAGGAUCCAUCGACGCUGGUGGUUUUAGCAAGCACUUCCUCACAUCUUACUGGUGGUCGAGCUCGUUUCUCUCGAAACUAUCCAGCAACCUCAUUUGCCAGACAAAUGACGGCCUGGUAGAAAAUGGAACUUGGAGCGGAUUAAAAGUUUGUGUUAUCCUCAUGGCCUUGGUCUGUUGAUUGUCAUCUCGCAAAUGUUGCUCGAUGUACUCGAUGUAGGUCCUUCUACCAGCUGAUUUCAUGUCAAUUCCCACCCUGGUAAACCUCCCGAACGCUGAACCCUAAACCCUAAACUUCAUGGAAUCUGUUCAUUGGACAACCUGGAUCUGCGUGGCUGCUUCAAGUUAGUUGUGCAGAUUUCGAAUGCUUUUGACCUUAAACUGUUGUGGGUUGUACCCAUUUCAGUCUUUCCUUGAUCUCGUUAGAACAGAAAUGCUAGGCAUGCUAGGCAUGCUAGCCAUCCUAUUGCAUGACAGGUUUAGAGUUCAGCGUUAUUGAUUGAAUAACAACUCUUAUACCAUAACUUAACUAAUCUAGGAUUGAGGGUUGUUUUUAUUCUCAUAGAUAUUUAGUGCCUGUUUUGUGUUCAAUCCCUCUGGUCAAUCUACAUUGGUUAGGUCUAGGUUUGUGAACUGUCAAUGCCUCCAGUUCUUGUCCUCACUUGUUAAUUCAAUUCAUGUGCAUUGAGCAUGAGUGAUCUUUUUUUUAAGUGAUGAUUGAAUUCAUAUA